GGAGGAGGGCGGCGGCGCUCGACUAUACCCGUACCGGAAAGAAACAGAAUGGACUGGAAAGGAGUUUUUUCUUUGUGCAGACAGUGGGCUGAUCAAAGUGCUCAGGGCUUCACUGUGUUGGCUGGGGAUGAGCAGGCUAGAAAGGUCUCCUUCAGGUCACCCUCUAGUUCUUUCUACAUCACGGUGCCAGAGAAAUUGGGCACUGAGGAAUGGGGCGUAUGGAGUGACAAUGACAGCUGCAUUCCUCUCCUGUCUGUCGAGAUGGACUACCUGAGCUCGGCCAGCCGAUCUCUCACACAAGUGUUGGAGCGGGCAGCGUCUUGUUUGGAGGCGGGGCAGGUCAGUGACGAAGAGGGAGAUUACUUAGACAGUGACGAGGACUUUGAUGAUUACUAUGCCAACGAUGUGGAUGACAUAGCUACUCCAAGUCCCAGUGUGGAGCAGACAGUCAGUGCUGACGACUUCUUCACUGGCCAGGGAACCCCAUCAGCUGUGCACAGGCUCUUGGCAGACUUAAAAGGUCUGAACAAAUCUUCAGGAGAGUUUGGGAUCACUGGCAAGCCACAGGGGGACAACCUGUUUGUGUGGGGUGUGGAGCUGAGCGACUUCCCUAAAGAUACUCCAUUAGCCGAGGACUUGGAGGCCUAUGCCAAAAAUAGCAACCGAAAACCAGUAGUGGAGCUAGAGAUGAAGUUUCCCAAGGACUAUCCAAUGAACCCUCCUUUUGUCAGGAUACUGAGACCAAGGUUCAAGUUUCUAACUGGUCACGUGACCGUAGGAGGUAGUAUUUGUAUGCAAAUGCUUACAAGAUCAGGCUGGACACCCUCCAAUGACAUUGAGAGCAUCCUGGUUCAGAUACGCUCGGAGAUCAUCUCUGAUCCUAACACCCGCCUGGACAGUGGUCGGCCCGAUGUGGAGUACUCAGAGAGUGAGGCAACAGUUGCCUUUGAGAGAAUGGUUCACAAGUAUGGCUGGAACAGAUAACUUUGUGGCCAUGCUAUACUGGCUUCCUAUUUUACUCCUGCGUUGUGUUAUUUUUUUCAAUCAUGAUUUUUGUGUGUUUAUUACCAGUUUUCAUUUAUAUACAUGUAUGGUGUGUAAUAUUAUUGGCCUACUCAG